ACAUUGCGUGUUCCAUUUGCCAUUUGGUAGUCCUAACUCCUAAACUCGUAUUGCUCGUAUAUAUCCAAUUCCAUUGUAUAAUUGCGUGUAAAUACGUUUGUGAAAUUGUCAAAUUCGCAGACAAUUGUGAAAGAUUCGUGCUACAUGCACGAAUUCAAGUGAAUAUUAAUCUACGCAGAUUGCUUGAACAAGAUUCUGUUGUAAUUCGACAUUAAAUAUGUUUGGGCAAACUGGAAAUACAUCGUUCAGUGGAUUUAGCACAGCAACACAAAACAGUCCAUUUGGCCAAUCUGCAUUUGGUAAACCGAUUACUACAACGAGUUUUGGUAGUGGCGCAACACCUGUCUUUGGUAGUAGCAAUACUUCAUCACUCUUUAGUUCUAAGCCCACAGGUUCUACCACAGGUGGCUUGUUUGGAAAUACCACAACGCCACCGGCAUUUAGACAGCCAACUAACACUCAACCAUCCUUUGGAGGCUUUGGAACAACAAAUACAAGUACCAAUCUUUUCGGCACCCAACAAAAUACUAGUACAAACCUUUUCGGUACAAGUACAGGGACUUCGGCGUUUGGUCAAGCGAACAAACCUGGUUUUAACUUUGGCACAACUUCUGGAACUAAUUUAUUUGGACAACCACAACAGAAUGCACAACAAACUACUCCGUUUGGUCAAGCCAACACUACCACAAAUACAAAUCUUUUUGGUGCAACCACAGGUUUUGGCAAUACUAACCCGACUACUGUACCAGCUGGUACCGCUGUGAAAUUCACACCUGUUAUUACAACUGAUUCUAUGUCAAAGAAUGGAAUAUCACACAGUAUUUCAGCUCGUCAUUGUUGCAUCGCGUCUAUGAAGGAAUAUGAAUCCAAAUCAUAUGAGGAAUUACGUUUUGAAGAUUAUCAAAUUGGAAGAAAAGGUCCACAAACAGGUCUUUUUGGAACAUCGGCGCAGACAUCACCGUUCGGUAGCACAUCAGCUGGUACUAGCACGGCUGGAACAGGAUUUGGAUCAAUGGCUGGAGGAUUUGGUACUACUAGUCAAUCAGGAUCAACUGGACUAUUCGGAAAACCUAUUACUAAUUUUGGAACACCAGCAACUACAACAACGAACAGUUUUGCAUUCAAUUCUACGCCAACUACAAAUCUGUUUGGUACUAAUACUCAAACAAAGCCAUUUGGUACAGCUGCCCCGACGCCGCUUUUUGGUACCAGCAGCACUAACCAAACUGCUGGAACAGGUUUUGGUAGUAUUAAUACUGGACAGAAUACAGGAUUUGGUUCUGCAUUUGGUUCUACACAAUCUAAUCAGAGCAUUGGAUUAUUCAAUCAGAACAAGUCUGCUUUCAAUAUUCCAUCAACGUCAACUAGUACUGGUUUUACUGGUUUUGGUCAACCGGCUACAAAUACCACCACACCAUUGUUCGGUAAUAAAACUACUACCACUGGGUUUGGAACAACAUCCACGUUUGGCGCAGCUGCACCUUCCACAUUUGGAACUAAUACAGGUUUCAAUUCUGGCUCCAAUACCGGAUCUUCAUUGUUUAACUCGUCGUUUAAACCAGCUGGACAAACAUCGGGAUUCUCUUUCGGAACUACACCUGUGUCUUCAACUGGGCUUGGCACGAAUACUGGUUUAAGCUUGGGCAGUUCUUCAUUGUUUGGGCAACAAAAGCCAGGCAGUCUGUUUGGAAAUACCGGAAACAAUACGACAUUUAACAAUCCUGGAACAUUUGGAUCUUCUACUUUUGGAACAAGCUCUAAUAUGAUGUCUGGAACAGGAAUGAGCUUACUCAAUGGAGGGAUGACAUCAAACCAAACUAAAACAAAUGGUUCAGUACCAGUACAUCAGCAAAUCUUGGCUCUCGUUUCCGCACCAUUCGGUGAUUCACCAUUAUUGAAGAAUCUUUUACCAGCAUCUGGAAAAACCGAGGAACUCUUAAAACCUACAAAUCCAGCAUCGAAAGUACUGAAUAGUCCGCAAUAUAGAGUUACUGCCAACAAUAAAUCACCGAAAAUCAAAGCAAGAGUCGUCAGUUCUGCACAGCUAUCUAAGAAAUCCUUGUUUGAUGGUCUCGAAGAAGAGGAUCCUGUGAUAACUGAAGCUUUUCAACCUCGGCCAAGUGCGAAACGUUUAGUAUUACGACCGAAGUCAGCAUCAAAUUCUACGAUUCAAUCUCCUACAGAAAACGGGGAAUCCGUGACAAGAAAUGACACCACAGAUGAUAGGGCAGAUACAAACAUAGUUCACAGCAACAAUAUUGAAGUAAAUGAUAAAGAAAAUCAUAGCCAAGAAAAUAAUCGACUUGCGAACGAUCGACGGUCAUCUACAUCUUGGUUGAAGUCGACACUUCCACGAAAGAAUAAAAUUUCCGAUGAUGAAUUGUUCGAAGGACAGCGAUCACCCUUUUCUGGAACAAAUACAUCCGAAGAAGUGAAUAAUACGGUGGCCGAAUUAAGAUCGCAAAAUAAUAUAUCAAAUCAUUCAGAAACAAUUAAUUUGACUGAAGUGCCGCUAAAUUCUACUUUUGAUGAAAAAAAUUCCGUGAACCUUACCAUGCAAAAUGCAGAAUCCGGCCAGGAAACAGACGAAAGUUCAUUUUCGAUGUUACAAUCAAACUGGACCAUGAACAUGGCUAAAGUUACAUUACGACGAGCAGGCUAUUAUACCAUUCCAUCGCUCGAUAAAUUGGACGAUUUUGUUUGCGGCGAGACGUGCAUCAUACCAAACUUUACCAUUGGUCGCGAGGGUUAUGGCAAUGUAUACUUUCCGGAUUCGUUUGAUGUUUACGGCUUAAAUCUUGAUGAAAUCGUACAUUUCCGUCAUAAAGAAGUAAUUAUUUAUCCCGACGACGAAAAGAAGCCGCCAGUGGGACAGGGCUUGAAUCGAAAAGCACAGGUCACCUUAGACAAGGUAUGGCCACAUGACAAGUCGCUGCACGAGCCGAUUACAGAUCCGCAGCGGCUUGCCGCAAUGAACUACGAGGGAAAAUUGCGUAGAGUAUCCGCGAAACACGACACCCGUUUCCUCGAGUAUCGACCGGAGACCGGCUCGUGGGUUUUCAAAGUCGACCACUUUUCGAAGUACGGUCUCAGCGAUUCAGACGAAGACGACAAUCAGAUGCCGUCGACCUCGGAAGCGAAGAAAUUGAAGGGAUUUCCCGCGACCAUACAGAAGGGUAAAUCUAUCGAUCCGUCGGUGGCGAUGAAUAAGGAAUCAAUCAAUGGAACGAUUAAUGGAACGCUCGAUGGUACGAAGAUCGGAAACGGCAAGCAUCUGAACGAGGUCGACAGUACUUUUUUAGGAAAAACCCCAUUCAACCGUUUUGCCUACGAGCGAGGAAUGAUCGUCAGCCCGGAAACCUCGUUUAGCCAUUCCGGUUUCAUUCCCGAAGACUAUAAUUAUGAAAAACGAAUGACUAUUAGCCCGGUUGGCGAUAACGCCCGCGUCGCCGGUACAGACAGCCAUAAAUUGCAGCUGAUGAAAGCGAGCUUCUUCGACGUGAACGACGAGGAUUUGAACGAGGAACCGAGCAAUGGCAUAUUCCCCUCCGUACAAAAAACCCUGAUACGCUAUUUCCCAGAUGUUACGGAGGCCAGGAACGAUGAGACUCCGUACAACACUACGACAUUACGAGCAACUCUUGUCGCAAAUGAGACACUAUUCUCUGCGUGCCCGGAGAAUGUGAUUUACACGUCGAAUAAAAAAUCGCACUUACCUUACGUCGGCGUCCGGGACAAACAACUGAUUGCCGAGAAAGCUAUUCCACCACCUACGGUCACGCCGGUGACGAGCGUGUUGAAGUAUCACUACGAAGUCGUACCGCUCAAGGAGUCCCGAUUGAACAAGUUGCGAUUUCGUUGCGUUGCCGAUACUGGUAUAUACAUGGGCAGGACAUUUCGACCAAGUUGGGGUGCCGGUUUAACAUUGCUGUCUCUAAGUACGCAGGAGCAGGCAACCAAGAUGCAGCUGAGGAGCACAUUCAGCCAAUUGAGCCGUUACGUCUCCGGUCGUCUCACCGACGACGUCUCAUCGACGGUAAUUGUUCAACGCCUGCAAAUUCUGGGUGGCGACGAAUACGACAUGAAGAUGUUCAAAGACAGUAUAGAAUGUCACUUAAGAAUCCAAUUGGAGCAUUGCGUAAUGGGUCACGAUGGUGACUGUCCCACAUUCGACGUAGCGACCGACAGCGCGAAUGAAGCAUUGCAACUACACUGUACGCUGGCGCAGGAUCUUGUGGAGAAGGAGCAAAGACCGUGCGAGGAUGCCAAUGACGAGCAGGUGCAGUACGGCAGCGCCACCGAGAGAUCGUUCCGUCAGUACGCGAGUAUCGUGUGGGCUCUGUGCAUGGCACUUUGGGGAAAUUACUCCGAAUUACUCCAAAUUACUCAGAAUACGACUGGUGCCAACGAGGAGCACUAUAACGUCAUGGUAAGAAGGGAGGCCGUAGGCGUGUGGUUGAGGAAUGUGGUACAGAAAACGGUCGAACGAGAGAUCGAAAGCAUCAACAGUGUGAGUAAGAAUUCUCACGAGAAGACAAUAUUGUCGCUGCUCUCUGCUUGCAAGCUGGAGGAAGCUUGCCAGGAAGCGCGGAAGGCCGGGGAUCACUGCCUGGCGUUGCUGAUGGCGCAACUACGAAGUGGCGCGACAGUAAAAAAACUGAUCAAGCAGCAGCUCGCGUUAUGGCAGGAGACCGACGUGGAUGAGAAUCUCACGAUCGAUCGUUUGAAGCUGUUCAUGUUGGUGGCGGGCGAACCGCUCAUCUCCAGCAAGCAUGGCACUAUCAAUGUGUGCGAGGAUCUGGAUUGGAAGCGGGCCUUCGCCAUCCAUCUGUGGUACUUAUCGCCGCCGACUUGUUCGAUCACUGAUGCAUUGGACCUCUAUGAAGCGUCGUUCAAUACGACGGAGGCUCAAGCGUACGCAGCAAUUCCUAAACCCGAGUACAGAGAAAACGACUAUGACGCCGAGUUAAAUAAUGGCAAUAAGCAGAUACACGAUCUCUGCUAUCAUCUUUUAAAAUUGUACUGCACGGGAAAUCAUGAUCUGGGCGAGCUUCUGAAUCCGCUGUCGUACACCGUCAAUCCCUUGGAUUACAGAUUGAGUUGGUUGAUGCAACAAACGCUCGUGGCUUUGGGCUACACGCAUCUCUCCGAUCACGUUGCCGCAUUGACACACACAAACUUUGCGACUCAAUUGGAGGCACAUGGACUCUGGCACUGGGCGAUCUUCGUAGUAUUGCAUCUACGAGAUUCAUCAAGGCGACGAACUGCUGUGCAAGAUUUGCUGUUACGUCACAUAGAAAUAGACGACACUCCGGAAUAUGUGAAGCAUGAGCAAUUCUUGAAAGAAGAGCUUGGUAUAUCAUCGAUUUGGAUUCAUCAAGCCAAGGCUAUCAAAAGUAGCGUCAAUAAAAGGUAUGGCGAAGCAGCUUGGUACUACAUCCAGGCGGAACAAUGGACCCAAGCCCAUGAAAUUAUUAUAGAGCAUCUGGCAGCCGAUGCUAUAAUAAAUGAAAACUAUGAAUAUUUGAAAUCAUUGUUAAGCUCACUAGUACCAAUCGAAUGUAGCGGCACGAUUAGCGGAUGGUCUCAUCAGGGACAGCUCUUGUGGGAGUAUAUGGAAAUAACCAGCGAGAUUCAGAGCCUGUUAAAGUCCGCUCCGGAUUACUGCGGACUAACUUAUCAACUGGAAGCGCUGAAGCCUCGAUUAACGAGCUUGUGUCAGAAAAUUGACCAGUUCCCAUGCCCAACUGCUAAACACAGAUUGUGCCAAGCCGAAAUUGCGAAGAGGACUCUACACUUAGCUAGAAAUAUGCUGUUGCUGCAGAAAAAUGAGCAGAGAUCCGUUACAAAGUUGUUGUUUCGUCUGAUAUCUCAACUACCGUUACCGGAAGAUUAUGCACAACAGGAACUGCGACCCAUUGUUAAUAUGCGUGUAACAGAAGUGAUGCCGUAAUUCAAAUGCGAAAUAACGCACAUAAGUUAAUAAUUGAUCGGUCACGUAGUUGUAAAGUUCAUUUAACGGAGAGAGUCCCAUUUUUAUAUUUUUUUUCUUGCGCACGCCUGUAAAGCUGUAAUUUCACACAGAAAGUAAGCAUGAGGUUUGAAAAAUUUUUCGAUAAUCCUGAAUAUAAUGUAUACAAAUAGCUGGUCGCGGUAGUAAAUUGCGCGAUUCCUACAGUAGAUUUGUAAACUUGGAAAUUAUAAAACUUAGCAAAAUACAUUAAUAUGUGAUACUAUUUAA